AUGGUGUCACCAUUAUCAUCGUCGUCAUGGGUGGACUGCUUAGUGUCUAUCCGGUUCGACCUCGAUAUCGGGCCCAAGAUCGAGUUCAUCUCCCCGCCAGAUGCCCUCACAAAGGAGGGCAAGGUAAAGCUACUGCGCUGCGCCUUCCCAGACUGCAACCCAGACUGCGGGUACAACUUCAUCUUCUACUUCACAAUGCCAGACUGCACCACAGCGGCGGCACAGAGCUUCUCACAGACGGUAGCGCCGCCUACGACCGGAAACACGGUACCGGAGCUGUACGGCGCGGCCUUCUACCGGCAGAAGCACGAUCCCAACGUGCCACGGUGCUACGUGCAACAGGUCUUGGUGCUUCUCUCUCAUCUGCCGUACUACAAUGUGCACGAAAUCAUCCUUCGCGUCGUGGCGCCGCGCUUCUGUCAGUGCUGCCCGCUCUCCCCAGAUACGGGUAAGGUGCCUGUGUCCAGCUUGCUGAUCCCAAGUCCGGAAGCCUACUUUGAGUUUGACCAGUCCUACAGCGCCGAGUACUACACGCAAGAAGAUGUGUUGUGCGAUGCGAUGAUGGAGUUGGCUCAGUGGCCCUCACCUCACCCGCAGGUGCGCUACACGGUGACGCUGCUUCAGCAGGCCCUCGUCUUCAUUACACCGGCGCACUCGCAGCGGCAGCCGAGUCGCGCAACGCGGAGCAGCUGCGCUUCGGCACGCAGCGCCAUGUCGGUGGACAGCAGAGUAGAGUUUAUGGAGGUAGCACAAGGCAGCGCGCGAUAUCGUCGCAGCACUUUAGGCAGCGACUUCUUGCCCCUGUUCAGACUCCUUGGUGAGCAGCUGCAUCAUCUCACGUACGUGUGGGAGCUACUCAUUCGCCACGAGCCACUCUUCAUCCUCAGCAACACACCCUGCAUGGCGUCCGCGGUGGCAUUUAGCGUCGCAUCGCUGGUGCUACCCAUCGAGUUCAAUGGCACGUUGCGCUCGUACUUUACCGUGCAAAACGACGACUUCUCACGACUGAGUCGGAUGGGCAAGGUACUGUCCUUCCCGACGAACGAGGUCCUCAUAGUAGCCGGCACGAACCCUUUCCUACUGCGUAGCUUCAGUGGGUGGCCCAGCUUGAUGGUCGUGAUGGACCGCAACGCGUCGAUCAUGACAAAUGGUUCCAUCGUGCCGCCGACACUGAGCGGGAAGGCGUGCAGCGCCAGUGUGGUGACUGAGGGAGCCCCACCUCCGCCACCGACCAGUCUGCUCCACCGACAGCAGCCAAAUGCCUUUACGGCAGCGUCACUGGUCGGCCCUUUGCCACGUGCAGUGCGGCCUGAGGAGCUGCGCGCCAAAACACCGCACUUGUCGUCAUCGAACGGUACUCACGCGUGCACGGCGUCUGGACAUGAGCCCUUGUCAGUACCCAUGUAUAGCCUCACUUCCACUACAUCUCUGGCUAGUGGUUUGGCGAGUAUGCCCCACCAUAACGGCCUACAUGCCCCCAUUGUGGUGGCGCCGCCUAAUCUCAGUAGCCUCAGCGGCAAUGGCGCCGCCGUGAGCCCCGCCCAUCUCUCGAGUCGGCAAUCGAUCUUCUCAUCCACCUCGUCAUACACGGCAGACCCGCACACCACCUACAGCGCAAGGACCUCGGUAAACUCGUCGCCGUCCACCUUGUGCUCGUCGCGUGACUCGGCUCACAAUGUGAAGGGAAUGCAUCGAGCGCAGCGCUCUGAGGAUGAAGGUCAAGCUGCGACGCAUGGGCCUACGAACCUGUAUGAGGCAUUCCCGACGCAGCCCAGUAACUGUGCUGACAGCUGCGUAGUGCAAAUCUCACGUGGACGAGCGCGUACUUGUUACGACAGCAGCGACGCCCCGUUGGGGGCUGCGGCUCACCUCGCGUCAACCCCGAUCACAACGCCAUCACCUGUCGCCUCCUCCAUCACUCUCUUCACCAUGGACCACUACAAGACCACGGUGGAGUCGGUGCGCGCAGCGGAGCACCAGAGGCGCACCAGCGCUCACCAGGCUAGCUCGCGCAAUGAACUGCAGAAGCACCUCCACAACUACUUCGACUCCUCCGUUCACUUCUUGCUGAACCACGCGGAGCAGACGCAGAUGCUGCUAAAGCGGCUGCAGAUGGUAUCCCUGCUAGAUGCGGAUGCCCAGCGGGCAUCCGUCUCACUAAGUCUUACGCAGUGGCAUGGGAAUGCGCGAACGGCUCCCGUGCCGAUCACCGCCGCACACGACGAGUGUUGCACCCCCCUCUCGCUACCGCUCUCCUCAGCCAGCACUAGCAACUCCUCUCGCCACCACCACGCGGAUACGACGGCGGCGACUAACGGCAUUACAUCCUGCUCGCAAUUUUCCGUUGCCGACGAUAUGGUGCGCAAGUUCUUCAGAUCCCUCACCUCCGAGUUUCUUACACCGGUCACUGCGUGGUUCCAGAGGGUCACCGCCCCGUACACAGCCUUCCACUUGUGCGAUCGCGCCUUGUGCGACGCGCUCCUCACCCCUUCCAACUUUCUCGACGACUUUGCGCGGCGGCACCACGAGGUGGCCCCGUCCAUGUGGACCCAGCGGCACUCCUACAAGAAGUAUAAAGUGGUAUACGAGCGGUUUGCGCACGGCUGCCUCUUCAAAGCCUAUGUUCUCCAGCUUGUGGAUGAGAACCUGCGACAGCAGAUGGCGGACUUCCAGGUGGAGGACUGGGUCGCCCGUGUGCCCUCCGACGCGGAUCGCAUCGACCUACUCAUCAACCUACUCAACACCGUCCAACGGGAACUGAACGAAACCCUCGAUCCAGACGUGCUCUUCGUGACCUCUGCCACAUCGGUGCUAGCCAGCAUGGCAGUGGUGCUGCAGCAGCCUCACCGAGAGCAAUUUAUGCUGAAGAUUGGAGAGCUAAAGCUAUGA